GGUCCACGAAUCUAUUUAAGCGAAAAAACGAGAAAGAAAAGCAAAGGAAAGAGAAGGAGAAGACGAGUGAAAAAGACUGAUAGCAGUAGUGGUGUAGUUUUCCGCGAGGUAAGGAUUGAUGGACGUGUCCAAUCGUCACUGCUGCUUAAUCGAGGCUGGGCCAAUGAUCAGCAAGUAGCACGAGGCUGUCAACCAACCGAAUGUAACGCCACCAACCAAGUUACUCAGUACGCCAACUUACGGCUAUUACAUCUUUGAUCAUUGUCAAUCGACACCUUCUGCAGUCGUUAAUAAAUCUCGGUGUGUCCUCGACUAGGCUGACCAUGUGCACUUCCAUCAUACAUAUCUGUGUGGUCUACGCAUUUCUCGCUGUGACCUUCGCCGAAAUACCACCAUACAUGAAAAUAUGUAAUAGAAAAGAUCCAGAAAUAAAUACCUGCGUAUUAAAUUCAAUUGAGCAACUUCGAGGCAAAUUAAAAACUGGAAUCCCGGAAUUAGAAGUUCCAGCAAUCGAACCACUUAUAUUGAAGCACGUGCGGUUAGCGAGAGGUCCCCAAGCGGCAAGACUUGACGUCAACCUCACAAAUAUACAGGUGUUUGGACCAUCCACGUUUAAAAUUCGAGAUUUAAAAAUCGACCCGGAUAAUGUGUUGAUUACCUUCAAAGUUGCCUUUCAAAAACUUGAUUUUCGAGGAAAAUAUAAAAUAAAUGCCCAGAUACUUUUACUUAGACUGGUCGGAGAAGGAGGCCUAACUGGAAGCUUUUUUGGUUACGAGUGCGACUGCUUGUUAAGGUCUCAUAAGAUUGUUAAAAAUAAUAACACUUAUAUCAACUUUGAAAAGAUGAAAUUUGAUAUUAUGAUAAACAAAGCUACGGUCCACUUAGAUAAUUUAUUUGGUGGCGAUCCUAUUCUUGGAGCAGCGAGUAAUGAGGUUAUAAACGCAAACAGCCAUUUGUUAAUAGAUGAAAUAAAACCAGUAUUAGAGAACGCGUUAUCGGAGCUCUUCACAAAUAUCGCAAAUAAAAUUACUGGAAAAUUCACGUACGACGAUUUGUUUCCAAUCGACAAAUAAUCUUUAUUUUGAGAAUUUAUUGUUUGUAGAUCAAUUGAACUACUUACUUUAUUCUGAAAUUGCAGACGUGUCCAACUUUAUUCAAUAAAAAUUUUGAUAAAAUAAA